CCAAAGUUUUCAAAUUAUAUCAUCAUUUAAUAAUGAGGUCUAUUAUGAUCAGUGCCAUUUUUGUUAUUGUCAUGGUCGCUAACAUUACUGACUGCCAUCAAUUUAUGACAGGACUCCCAGGCUUUCCCGGUCUCGGACCCAACUCGCGAUUCCCGUUCCCCUCCCGGCGCGACCCCUUCAGCCGGCAGGAGAUACUCCAAAAGAUGGACCGAUUGGAGCACCGGGUGAACCAAUAUCUCGACGCCGCCAUCGGGUUCGAGACUAGACGUAACGCCAGUGACGUACAGGUGCUCCAAGGAAUCAGGAGUACGGAUGUGCCACAGUUUUUCAAUAUUCUCCGACAGAAACUGAAUGCUACC